UGGGCUUGAGCUCCGUUGAGCUUCAGACCGCUUAUGCUGCCACUCCGUGCGUUGCGCCCUGGUCUUCGCCGGCCACUGGUUGCUCGGCAUGGCGUUACUGCUCAGCGAAAAGCAUCGACCUCGAGUAGCCCCGUACCGUUCGGUUUGCGUACGGGCAUUUACGCGACGGCCUUCGUCCUGUCCUCCGGUCUAUUCGCCAUAUACUACUUUGACUGUCGAUCGGCGCUGCAUAGAUACAUCUUGACGCCGCUUUUGCGGUAUGGGUUGGAUGCGGAGAGUGGACACAAGCUGGCGGUGAAGGUGCUGAAGAGCGGAUUGGCUCCUAAGGAUCCCGUUCCGGACGACGUCGUGCUGGAAGCGGAGAUAUGGGGCACGCGUUGUUCCAACCCGGUUGGCUUGGCCGCUGGGUUCGACAAGGACGGUGAAGCGAUCGACGGUCUCUUUGACCUUGGAUUCAGCUGGGUGGAAAUUGGAAGCGUGACGCCGAAGCCGCAGCCUGGAAAUCCUCGUCCACGCGUGUUUCACCUCCCAGAAGACGAUUCACUCAUCAAUAGAUACGGCUUCCCUUCUCAAGGACAUGCAGCAGUAGUCACGCGACUGAGGGCUCGUUCUGUCGACGAAGAGCCUGUCAGCGAAGCCGCGCCCGCAUCAUUACGACCUGGCUCCCUACUUUCCGUCAACCUCGGCAAAAACAAGGAAUCACCACUCGAAUCCGUCGACGAUUUCGUGAGGGGCGUUCAGGUUUUUGGACCUCAUGCGGACGUUUUGGUAAUCAACGUGUCCAGUCCCAACACUCCCGGAUUACGCAACCUUCAGAAGCGAAGUCAUUUGGGUGAUCUUCUUGCGGGUGUCGUUCAAGCGCGCAACGACCUGCAGGCGAGUUCAUCGCGUAAACCGAAACUUAUGCUCAAGCUCUCGCCUGAUUUAACGGCGGACGACGUGAGGGAGAUCGCGGAGGUCGUCCGCUCCAGUGGUGUGGAUGGCGUUAUUGUUAGCAAUACCACAAUCAGCAGGCCGCGGGGCCUUACCCACCCCAAUAAGACCGAAGCCGGCGGACUGUCGGGACCGCCUCUCAAACAUCUGUCGCUGGCCGUCCUACGCACCCUCCGCUCGAAUCUUCCCGAGUCCAUACCCAUCAUCGGCUGCGGCGGCAUCACCUCAGGGGCAGACGCGCUGGAUUACGCCAGAGCCGGAGCGAGCAUGGUGCAGAUCUACACGCACUUUGGAUACGACGGCGUUGGCGCGUGUCGAAGGAUCAAAGACGAGCUUUCUGAUAUCUUGCGAAGGGAAGGAACCACCUGGAAGGAGGUCGUUAGCGGAGCAGCUUCCGAGGCGAGCCUGAAAGCGGAUACAAACGAGGCGAAGGAGCAGAGUAUGCAGCAAUUGAUAGAGGAGGCCGAAGAUCUGUGUAAGCUCUUGGAUAAUCUCACCGGGAAGCUAUAAGCCUGUACGAAAAAUCUGACAUCUUCCUCUCGUUGUGCUCAUGUUCCAAUGUCUGCAAUAGACGGAAAUGUUUGCAUAGUGGAACGGUGUCCUACUCCGAGAGCGUAUCCAC